AUAUGAUAUAUAUGUGUGUAUGUCUCUAAUGAGGGGUAACAGGAUUACAUCAAUCAAUCAAUCAUGAUAAUGUGCAAAAAUAAUACAAUAACGUCGAUUUUCUUUACUGUUAUUUAGAAAAAUAAAAUAAAAAUUGUUGUCGAGUCCUUACAACCUACUACUUAUUGUAUCAGUAUUAUUCUCGUAUUAUUCAAGAAUCGCAAGUCGAUUUUUCUUUAAAAAUAAAACAAUUAAAUUAGUCCGUUACGAUUACAAAUAAAUUGAUUGCAACCAUGCGAUGAGUUCAAUUAUUGAAAUCUAGUAGAAGUAGGUAGUUGUAGGUAGGCUAUUUGCCACAUAUAACUACGUAUAGGAAAUGAAGUUGUGAAAGAGCGUGUUUGGUUAAAUUCUUUCCAAAAUGCAGUCUAGAAUCAUAUUUUGUACAGUACAUUUUAUUAUUUACGCUCUUCCACAAGGAAAUACAAAAACGUUAAAAUUUGAUUCAUCUAUAGAAGUGGGCAGCAAUAUCACAAGUAUCCUUCAAAAUUUAACAACUUACUUGCAAAGCUUACAGAUGAAGAAUCCAGAUUUAAACAGAGACCUAACAGUUAAUGCACAGAUACCGCAAGUAGAAUCAGAGGGGUCGAAUAAAUUAAAAGAACGUAUAAUGCAACUAAUUAAAGGCAUGGCAAACAAAGCUGGACCCUCAACGACCCCUACCCAAUACCAAGGUAGGAGCAGGAAAGAGGAAAUACCGGAUGUUGUAGAGGAAUCGAAAGGAACACCUAUGCUGAACUGGCAAGAUUUCUGGGAGAUUGUGAAAAAAAUGAUGAAUAAUGUAGCCCUCACUCUAGCCAAUAAACCUUCACAGGCCAUCGUACAGGAGGCAGAUCAGAAAAAAGAAUAUAGUCUACUACAGAACAUGAAAUCAGGAAGAGUUCGUGGACCAGUUCACGUAUAUGGACAUCACAGCGGCAGCAGAGAAGAUGAUUGAUAUAAUUGAGUUGUAAUAAAAAAUAAAUACAUUUUUGUGGUUA